AUGCCCGAGCCGGCGGUGCCCAAAGCCAACGCACCCUUGCCUAGGCCUCCUCUGCCUUAUCCUCAACGGUUGGCCAAGCAAAAAGGUGAUAACCAAUUUAAGAAAUUCAUUGAGAUGAUGAAGAGUUUGACUAUCAAUGUGCCUUUGGUGGAGGCACUCGAGCAAAUGCCGGGGUAUGCAAAAUUCAUGAAGGAUUUGGUUACAAAGAAGAGAUCAAUGGAAUGUGAGACAAUCAAGAUGACCCAUCAAGUGAGCGCAAUUGUACACUCCAUGGCUCUAAAACUUGAGGACCCCGGCGCAUUCACUAUCCCAUGCACCAUUGGAAGUGCCGACUUUGCAAAAGCCCUUUGUGAUUUAGGGGCGAGUAUCAACUUAAUGCCAUAUUCGAUUUUCAAGACUUUGGGGAUCGGACAACCUCGCCCGACUUCGAUGAGGCUCCAAAUGGCGGAUAGGUCAAUGAAGCGGCCUUUGGGAAUAAUCGAUGAUGUCCUUGUUCGGGUUGAUAAAUUCAUUUUGCCGGCCGACUUUGUGAUACUAGAUUGUGAGGUGGACUUUGAAGUCCCAAUCACCUUGGAAGGCCUUUCUUAG